CCUCCUCCUCCAUUCACUCAUCCCUGUACAGGGCUGUUGAUUGCCGCCGGGGUCUGGACUCUUGUCAACUUGACAGAUGCAGUUGAGAACAGAGGAGUGUUCAGGGAUAGUGGAGCUCUGGAGGCGUCAGAGGGAGAAAACAAACAGCUGAGGAUUGAUAAAUGCAUUUCAGAUAUUUCUUCGAUUAUCCAUGGACACUGAUGUUCUGAAAACUCCUGACCAGUGCAUAUGACCUUCAAACAUUUCCAUUAAGGAAAAGUGGAGAUGACUUUGGAUAACAACAUUUACCAAACAAAGCAAACCCAAACAGCAGGUCUUCAAGCACGGAUACACCAAAGGUCCUGAUCCUCACAAACUCAACAGGAUGACUCUAAAGGACAGGACAGUUUUGGUUUUCCUCUUUCUGGGACUUUUACUCCAAAUUCAGGGCUCUCUUGUGAAGCUUAAUAAGGGGUUGAAGGUAAAGAGAGGGCAGUCGGUCUUUCUAGAGGACCAAGACUUACAGUUUCAUAUUCCUAGAGGAAAAGAUGCCUGCAAGGUGGAAGUUGUGUUGAACGAGCCCAUAACACAACGUGUCGGCACACUUUACCCAGAGGUUUUCGACUGCCACUUUUUGACCGACGAGGUGAAAUACACUCAUAACGGAUGUCCGAUUUUAAAAGAGGAUAUUGUUAAACUUCGUCUGUACAAAUUUACAGAGACAGAAACCUACACUGAGGUCUUCAAUUUGCACGUUGAAAUUACGGAGCCUGACUGUAAUGUGAUUAAGUUGGGACCGCAGAACCUCGAGGUACCGGAGUUCUACGGCCUCUCCAAUGUUCUGGAUGGUAACACCGUGUCCUUUCACUACGAACAUCGACAUAAUAUUGAGUGCACAGUUCAUGUGACGACACUGGAUACACAUCUACCUGGUCAUGGUCAGCUGGUCACAGGAGUGCCGGAGAUAUCAGACGGACCAAGAGGAGAUGAACCUGACAGCUUUGUUCCUUUACGGAGACAGCUGGAUAAUAAAGCCAGAGCACAUUGUAAGAGUGAUGACUGUCUGAAGGGACUGAAACUGUUAAAAAUCACUAAAGUGCCCUGCAGUGAUUUCCUCACGAUGGGCAUUCGAUACCAUCACACUGACCCACCGUCUCCAGAUAUUGACUACAUUGCCAUUAGACUGGACCUCACAGACACUAGAAGCAGAAGCGUAAUCCAGUCUGAGCAGGCCUGGAUCCCAGUAACUAUUAAAGAUGCUGUGACCAAUCAGCCACCCAAGCCUGCCUUCAUGUCGAUGUUCAUCUUGGAGGUGGAUCAAUUCAUCUUGACUCCACUUUCCACGGCAACCCUGGAUGCAGAAGACGAUGAGACUCCCAAGCAGAGGCUGGUGUUCAACAUCACUAAAUCUCCUACUGAGGGCUUCAUUACUCAUCUCUCCGAUCACACCAAACCCAUCUCCUCCUUCACCUGGAUGGAUCUCAAUGAUAUGCUGAUCGGUUACCAGCCACCAAACUGCAGCCACAUACAACGUAGGAACUACGAGGUGGAGUUUGAAGUGCACGAUUUCUACUUUGAGAAAAGUCAGCCUGUGAUGAUACACAUCUCCAUCAGGACAGCUGAUACCAAUGCACCACGAGUGUCCUGGAACAUGGGUCUCAGUCUGUUGGAAGGUCAGUCCCGUCCCAUCACAUGGGAUCAAUUGCAGAUAGUUGACAACGACAACCUGAAAUCUGUAAAAAUCAUCACCGUGGACGGCCUUCAACACGGGAGGCUUUCUGUUCGAGGCGGAAAAGGCUUCAUGUUCACCGUAAAUGAUAUUAAGGAAGGUGUGGUAUGCUACCACCACGAUGACAGUGACACUACUAAAGACUAUGUAGUUUUCAGAAUUACUGAUGGCUUGCAUCAAACUAGACACAAGUUUCCUAUUAACAUCUUGCCCAAAGACGACAGCCCACCUUUUCUUAUAACAAAUAUGGUGCUAGAGCUUUCUGAAGGUCAGACGGCUCUUCUCAGAGGAUCUAUUUUACAAGCCUGUGAUAUGGACUCCAGUGAUGAAUAUAUUAUGUUCAACAUCACCAGACCUCCUCAGGCAGGGGAGAUCAUGAAGAUGCCUGGUCCUGGAAUUACAGGUUACCCUGUGGCCCGUUUUCUUCAGAAAGACCUCUUCCAUUCUAUCAUCUAUUAUCGGCACUCAGGGCAUGAGGUCUUUGAGGACUCUUUUGAGGUGGUGUUGUCUGAUUUUCAUGAUCCUCCUAACCUUUCAGAACCUCAGGUUAUCGUGAUCCAAAUUCAACCAGUCCCUGAUCAACCUCCACAAGAAGCACCGGGUGUGACAAGGCACCUGGUUGUCAAUGAGACCGAUGUCAUUUACUUGACCAAACAGCAGUUACAUUUCAUUGACUUGGAGUCACCAGAGAGUGAGCUCACAUACACCAUCACCACUCCACCCUUCUACAGCACCACCUAUGGAGAGCCUGAUGCAGGAAGGUUAUUUCUGGUUGACAGUAUCCCAAAAUUUCAAAAAGACCCCAAUGCACCAGUGUUAAGACUUUUCACCCAGCAUGCAGUCAACCACAUGAAAGUUGCUUAUAUGCCCCCCAUUCUGGACAUUGGACCCUACAGUCGGCAUAUCCAGUUUGUCCUGUCAGUUUCCAAUCAACAAGGCAGGACGACUACUGGAAUUUGCUUCAACAUAACAGUUCUGCCAGUGGACAACCUGGCACCAGAGGUGCAUGUGAAUCCAUUAACGGUGGAUGAGGGAGGAGAGUCCUGGGUGAAUGCAGAGCACCUGCAUCUAACUGACCAGGACUCGCUCGAGGACUCUCUGCAUGUGAAACUAAAAAGGAAACCUCAGCAUGGAAAUAUUUCUCUAGACGGAAAACCCAUAAGCCUAAGCCAAACAUUCACAAUGAGGGAUCUGAGAAGCCUAAAAGUUAGGUAUCACCAUGAUAACUCUGAGACAGAACGAGAUGAUGUUCAAUUCAUCGCCACUGAUGGAAUAAAUACUGUUGAGUUUGUGCUACCUGUCAAGGUGACACCAGUCAACGACGAGGUACCGGUUUUAGUACCAGGUUUAAAACCCGUUAUAGCCUGUGCAGAGGGACAAGAAGUGGUCAUCACUAUAGAGUACAUAUGUGCCACAGAUCUGGACAGUGAUGACAGCACAUUGAUCUAUAUGAUCGGCCGCCAACCUUAUUAUGGGGUUGUUCAAAGAAACGGCAUCAUUGUGGAUCGCUUCAGUCAAGCUGAUGUAACUGCUGGUGUCAUUUCCUAUAGGCACACAGGACAAGAGAUUGGGCUACAACCCCGUCAUGACAUCAUUACGUUUGUGAUCUCCGAUGGAGAGUCGGAUCCUUCCUUUUGUGGGGAUAGCAGACGAACACCUAAAGUGCAGAAACCCCUGCCCCUCUAUGACCUUAAUGUUACUGUUUAUCCUGUGAACAACCAACCACCAUCUAUUGAUAUUGGACAGGUAUUUAAAGUGGACGAGGCUGGGUCGGCUUCCAUCACAGAGACCCAUCUGAAAGUUGCAGACCAGGACACACCUCCGGAAGAUUUGGACAUCAUCGUGAUCGCUCCUCCACAGUUUGGAUACAUUGAGAACGUUCUUCCCAGUCCAGGCUUUGAAAAGAGCAACAUGGGAAUCAGUAUUGCUUCUUUUACUUAUAGGGAUGUGUUGAAUGGGCACAUUAACUAUGUCCAGUUUAAACACCAAAGAAUGGAGCCCACCACUGACCAGUUUAUGCUGCGUGUGUCGGAUGGAAAACAACAGUCAUCCUUAGUAUCUUUUUACAUCAUCAUCAAUCCAACCAAUGAUGAGACCCCAGACUUCAUGGCUAGAAACAUCACGGUUAGAGAAGGAGGCAUGACAGCAUUGGACCCAUCUGUAAUCAAUGCAGAGGAUCUCGACAUUCCUAGAGACCGCUUAACAUUCAGUGUUAUCCAGCAACCCCAACACGGAUCCAUCAUGGGUGCACCACAUGGAAAUGACGUGACGUUUCAGAAGAGGCUCGUAAACAAGCGUGGAUCUGAGAUACCAAUUGAACACUUCACCAUGGAUGAUCUCAGGAGCGGAAUGACUCUGAUGUACAUGCAUGAUGAUUCAGAAAGUGAGCAGGAUAACUUCAUCAUUCAGCUCUCUGAUGGAAAACACAAGCUUCAGAAAAGUGUGCAGGUGAAAAUACUGCCGGUCAAUGAUGAGAAGCCAUAUAUUAUACGGAACACUGGGAUUCAGAUGGAGCCUGGAGAAUCUAGACUUAUCUCCAGUGCUGUGCUCAGUGCACAAGACAAAGACACGCCCCCCUGUGACAUCAUCUAUGUGUUUGAGAGUCUACCCAAUCAUGGUGUCAUUCAGAUUAAGGUAAACACAGAAUGGAUGGAUAUAUCGGCAGGAAAGAAUUGUUCUCAAGAGGUUUUGGAUAUGAAUCUGUUGCGUUAUCUUCACACCGGUCAGCCUGGGGCUCGGACUACUGACUUUUUUGUCUUCUAUCUGAUGGACGGCAAAAACCGCUCUCCCGCUCAGCACUUUCACAUUAAUGUCAAAGAAGUAGAGAAAGGAGACAUAGUAUUAUUCAUGAGGCCUGUGAAAACGAGUCGCGGGGAGCGCGUGAUCCUCACCACAGAUGUGCUGCUGGCAGUAGACGGCACUGAUAAGCCAGAGGAACUUCUCUAUGUCAUCACUGUACCUCCAGCACAUGGUCAUGUAGAGUACAUUAAACAUACCGGUGUGCAAAUUCAAUCCUUCAGUCAGCUGGAUGUAGCAGCGAACCUGGUGUGUUACGUACACGACAACAGAGCAGAUUCACCAAAAGAGAAACUGCAGUUUGUGGUCAACAAUGGGAAAUCAACACGCAAUGGUACUUUAGAGAUCUUGGUGGAGUUGACUGAUAAGAUUCUGCCCACACUCGUGCAAAACACCGGUCUGCAGGUCCCUCAGGCAUCCACCAUAACUUUGUCUCCUGAUGCCCUAUUCCUAUCUGAUCCUGACACCCCACCCACUGCAUUGAUCUACAAAGUGAUUCACCCUCCCCAGUAUGGCCAACUGCUCUUGAAGGGGCAGCCACUGGUGCCUGGCAGUAAUUUUACCCAGAAGAACAUUCAGGACCUGGAUGUUGCAUACAAACAUUCCGGUGGAGCUUCUCAGAUCGAUCGCUUCAAGUUCAUAGCAUCUGACAGCACAGAAAGAGGCUUUCUGGUGGAUGGAAAAGUACAAACCGAAUCGGUUUUCUUCAUGCUACAGAUUGAAGCUCUUGACAGCUCUGCACCUCAGAUAGUAACGCUUCAGACUCUGUGGAAAGCGGAAGCCCUGAAUGACGGUCGGUAUGGGAUGUUCAUUUCAUCGAGAGAGCUAAAGGCACAGGAUACAAACACUGCGGACGAUCGUCUCAUUUACCACAUCAUCAGAGCACCUUACUUUGGGUAUCUGGAGAAUUCGACCAAUGGUGAAUUUGUAAGACAGCGUUUCUCUCAAAGGGAUCUGAACAGGAGGAUUCUCCUCUACAUUAUAAACUCAGCUGUGGAUGCUCUGACUGACAGUCUGGAGUUUUCGGUUUCUGAUGCCGUGGGCAAUACUGGACCCUCUCACAAACUGGAGUUCAGCUGGGCCAGCGUGGAGCUGACCAGAAGAGAUUAUGUUGUAUGUGAGAGCCAAGGAUCAGUUUCACUAAACAUUCAGAGGAGAGGAAAUGUGCAAGAUUCAUCUUUUGUGACUGUACAGGUUAAAGAACUAACAGCAUCUGCUGAAAAAGAUUUCAAAGCAAGAUCCUCAUCUCUAAUUCAGUUCGACCCAGGCAUGAGCAGUCAAGUAUGGAGAAUGGAAAUUGUUCAGGACUCUUUGGAAGAGGCUGAUGAGAAAUUUGAGAUUAAUUUGGCAUUCCCAGUGGGUGCGGUACUGAGAGGCAACACAAAAGCCAUCAUCCUCAUAAAGGAUAGAAAUGGGCAAUGCAGUGAAAACCAUUUCACUGACCUUCAAGGUUCAGAGAUGCAGACAGGCUCGCAUCCUCAGCAUGGCUCAAUCCAGGUGGAGGUGUUGCCUUUUUCUCAGGGAUACAUUAGAGGCGAUGGUGAUGUAAUAGCUGAGACGCCCUCUUCUACAAUGAAAAGUUUACGAGUCGUUGGAAAUGGUAAAGUGGUUCAACCUUCAGAAAUCAUUCGUCAAGGAUCUGAAACCAUUUACAAAUAUCACGGUAUCACAUCGAUGGCAGUUGAUGAAGACAACACAGCCGCUGUAAAGGGCAGAAAAGCACAGGUGCAGGUUGUCAGUAGAGGGCAGCAGCGUUCUGCCCCGGGCAGAGAGGCAAAACUACAGUCGGCCAACACACGCCCAACUCAGAGGAUCUCACCUAAAGCGUCUAAUCCCUGUAGACCAGAACUCACUGGCUUUCUCCGUUAUGAUGAGAGCUCAGGACAACUUUUACGCUGUAGUGGUGACACCUGGAGGCCUUGGGCACCUACUAAUGAGACGGUGAAAGCACAGAAAUGUCCUUCAGGAUGGACGUACCAUAGCAACCACUGUUACUUAUGGAGUACAGACCGCAAAGCCACAUGGAGCGCCGCAGCUCGCGCGUGCAAGGAAAAAUUCAAUGGAAACCUGGUCAGUAUUUUGUCAAAAACGGAUAUGGACUGGCUAUGGGACUUCGGCGAAAGAAAACCAUUUUGGAUUGGUCUAAAUGACCGUGAAAGUAAAGGCAGGUGGGAGUGGGUUGAUGGGGAGCCUGUUACAUACACCAAUUGGAGGCAGAACCCUCCAAAAAAGAAAAAGGGAACAAGGAGGUGUGUCCUGGUCUGGAGGAAAACAAAAUGGCAAAUUAGAGACUGCAAGAAAGGAAAAGGACAUCGCUACAUCUGUUACGUUAAAACAUGAGUUCAUUAAAUGCCAAA